GCUAGGCUACAGUAAGAAGCACUGAACUGCACUAGCCAGUGAAAAGUCAAUUCACCGUAAACAAGGAUGGUUGUCAGAAUUAUAAUUUUUAAAUGGCCUAGGUCAUUUUGAUGUUUUGAGCAAAUGUUUAUUUGCAAUCUAAUUUAGUUUUCAACCAUAAAAACAUGCCUGUCAUUACAAUAGUAUUUGGUUUAUCGCUAUGAUGUGAGUGUGAGGGGUUUCUUUUUGCGAUGCGGAAGAACGCCUUUGCUACCCUAUUUAUUGUCUCUGUCAUCUCGUACGCAACAGUUUACUACCUAAGCAGUCAAAGGCCUCAGCAUCAGCAUUUGGUUUUAAACUUGGAUGAGGUAGAUAAAUUGGUUGACUUAGAGCGCAAGAUUGAAGUAGAACAGAAAGCUCUUCAGUCACUUCUGGAGAGACUUAAAACUUCUAUUCAGACACAAUGGGAGGACAAAAAGUUAAUCGAAGAAAAGAAAAAAGUGUUUGAAGAACUGUCCAUAGAAGCAGAUGAACUUUAUAAGAGAAGGACAGAGGAAUUGUUGCAACAUCCUCCACAAGCCAUUGCAGUGUUGGUGCUAGCUUGCAACCGUGUAACUGUCACUCGUUGUUUGGACCAGUUGCUGAAAUACCAGCCUGAUCCAGCUUUCUUCCCAAUCAUUGUCAGUCAGGAUUGCAGUCAUGAACCUACAGCAGAUGCCAUUCGAGGUUAUGGAGACCGUCUUUACCACAUUCAGCAACCAGACCAAAGUGACAUACAAGUGCCACCAAAAGAAAAGAAGUUCAAAGGAUAUUUUAAGAUAGCACGGCACUAUGGAUGGGCUCUAAAUCAAGUAUUUAACUUCUUCAACUUUAACAAUACAAUUAUUAUUGAAGAUGACUUGGAUGUCUCCCCUGACAUAUUUGAGUACUUCCUCGGAACACUUCCACUGUUGCACUCAGACCCUACACUUUGGUGUGUUUCUGCUUGGAAUGACAACGGGAAACUCAACUUGGUGAAUAAGGAAGCAAGAGAUGUUAUAUACAGAACAGACUUCUUUCCAGGACUAGGUUGGAUGCUAAACAAACAACUGUGGAGUGAGCUUUCCGUCAAGUGGCCUACCAGCUACUGGGACGACUGGAUUAGACAACCUGAGCAGCGAAGGAACCGAGCUUGUCUUCGGCCUGAGCUGUCUCGGACACGCACAUUUGGCAAAAUAGGUGUAAGCAAUGGCCUUUUUUAUGAAAAAUACUUGAAGUUCAUUCACCUCAACGAUCAGUUUGUGCCUUUUACCCAGAAGAAUUUGACAUUCCUUUUAAAGGACAAUUACGAUGUACAAUUUGUAAGAGCAGUGUACGAGAGUAGGGUGGUGACAUACCAUGAGCUUAAGUCUAACAACAUCGUCCAUGACGGGCCAGUUCGUAUACCAUAUUACACCAAGGAACAGUACCAGCGCACAGCCAAAGCUCUUGGUCUCAUGGACGAUUUUAGGAGUGGCGUUCCUCGAACAGGAUACAGAGGUAUUGUGACCUUUUACUACAACAAGCGACGAGUGUAUCUCGCUCCUCAUGCCAACUGGAAGGGUUACGACUUGACGUGGAGCUAACCUAUACCAUCCAUCAGGCAUCACAUCGUUGUACCUGUCAAGUAAAACUAAGAUAUCCACACUGAGAAAAUAUCUAUAUUGCAUUUACUAUUUGUUUAACCAAAUGGGACUCAAGUCAUGUCAAUGUAUUCGUCAAAUCACAUUUGGUUCAUUAGCAGUAAUUUGUAUUUUGUUUUUGGUUUUAGAUAAUGUCUCAAUAGAAAGAAGCAAUUUACUAGUGUCAAUUGAUUUUAGGGAUAGGAUAGCCAGAAUUAUAUUUAAUAAAAAAAUCUAUGUUACAUUUUGUUAUAUGUUGCAAUGAAACUUAUUGCGAGCAAAAUAUCAUUUCAUAAAAUUACAGGAUACAAUGUUAAUUUCAAAACCCAGUCUGCCUCGCUUCUUGGACUCUAAUUUACCACUUGUUUUACAAACAAAUUGGUGAUAUGUUUCAAUAUUUGUGAGAUAUAACUGAACCUCAAAAUUAACAUGAUUAGUUUGUGGUUGUUGCUUGAUACAAUUUAUCCAACAAAUUAACCUGAGCCAGUUUUCAUACUUUAUGUUAAAAACGGUACCUCUUAUGUACCCUACAAAUUGAUUCAAACUUGCUAUCCUAUGGUCUAAAAUCACGCUCCUUUUAAAUGUUUGGGCUUACAUUAAUUUUCUCAAAAAGUAUGACACAUUUCAAAGAGCUUUGUAGAAUUGUAUUUGUUUAUUUUAUUUCAUCAGACAUUUUUUGUAGCCUUUGAGUAGCUUAUAAUUAUAUUAUUUUGUUGUUAUUAUUUGUCAUGUUUUGAUUUAUACAGUUCAGAAUGUACAUACAGUACUACUUAAGCAUAUGCUAUCAUCUUUACGAGAAAUCAAAUUGUAUUUUAUAUCUGUCUGUAGUGUAUUUUUAUGUGAAAACCUUCAUUGAACAAUCAUGGAAGAACAAGUGCAAAUUUAAGAACUUAUUAAUUCAGUUAAAAGUGUAUAUAGAUCCAAAUAAAUUACUAUGUUAUUAAUAAGUACCUAUAUAAUAAGUAUUUGUCAGAUAUUAUAUUCGUUCCCCUUUAACACAAUAUCUAGCAUAAUUCAAUUUCCAAAAUCAUAAUAUUUAUGACACAAUAAAGUCUUUUUUACAAAGAUGUAGGCCUAUAUAAAGGAGUUGUAAACCCCCGUUUAUUUGUAAACUUAACAAAAAAGCUUACAAUUUAUUGAUCAAGAAUUUAUUUACAAUUUAUUGAUCAAGAAGCUAUUUACAAUUUAUUGAUCAAGAAGCUAUUUACAAUUUAUUGAUCGAAAAGUUAUUCACAAUUUAUUGUUCAAGAAGUUAUUUACAAUUUAUUGAUUACACAAUAUUGUAAACAGCUUAGGUUUACCUAUUAUUAAUAUUUAUCAUCCCUAAAGAUUUCAGUACUGUAUAAUUUUCUAUUCCGAAAUCAUAGGAACUUUUCAGUUUUUUACAGAAAACCUGUCUAAGCUGUUAUAGGAUUUGUAACAAAAAUUAAAACAUCACAAAAUUGUUUUAGGUCCUUACUUUAUAACAGUCGUCUUACAUUUUUAAAUGUGUAUUACUUUAAAUAUAUGUAAUAUAUUUCUAAUAUUUCUUUAACAGUGGUGCAGAAAAGAUGCCUGGAUCAUGAAGAAAAAUAGAUUUAAUUAUAUUUUUAAUAGUUUUUAGUUAGCCUAAAAACAAAAACAAUCUUUUCAUGUUUGCUUUUUUCUCACGAGUAAAGGUUGACUCUUUAUAAAUAUUUCAUAAUUGUGAUUCACGAAAUGUUAUUGUAAUUAUAAAUUUAUUAUACUAUAAGGAUUAGCAAUUAAUCCAUACAAAAAAACUAUCGGGAGGACUUUCUUAAUUAUUGAUAUAUCAAUACCAGAAUUUAUCUAUUGUUGAUACCGAUACCUGAAAAAUAGAUUCUCCAUAGUUUAUCAAAUUUUCUGAAUGGAUUGGUUAUACUACACCAACAAAGUCUUUAAACUAUAAAGUCAUGAAGUAUUUUAGAGGUAAUGGGGAGUUUUUUAAGUAAAGAGAAAAUGUAUGCUGCAAUGACAAAUUUUAACUAGCCAAUUUAACCUCACCAUGAAAGCCAAUUUAAGCUUAAACCCUUCUUAACACAUUAAAUAACUACCAUAUUAAAUGUAAAUGAAGAUCUCACAAUCAAAGAAAAUCUUUGGAUAACCAGAAGUGUACCAGCCUAAUAUUUUCAGUCAAACCAAACUUGAGGUAAUAUCGUGAUUAUCUCCCGUGGUCAAGGAGACAUCAUCGUCGUCUUCUGGAAUCACUGCAAAAUCCUGAAUAUCUUCCUCAGUCACAGAAACAUCAUCACUAUCUUUCGCGGUCGCGGAAGAAUCCUGAAUAUGGCUCAGCGGUAACAGAAAAACUAUCAUCUCCCAUGGAAACGUUUUCAGCGUCUUCAAAUUCAUAUAAUCUCCUGCAGUCGUGUAGACAUCAUCAUCGUCUCCUGUGGUCCUAUUCACGUCAUCAUAGUCUUUCGCGAUCUCGGCAAAUUUCUGGUUAUCUUCCGCGGUUGUGUAAGUCUAGACAUCAUCAUCGUCUUCCGCGACCUAGGCAUAUUCAUUACCGUGUUUUUGCCGUGUAGACCAUCAUCAUCAUUGACUCCCGCCAUCACAGAAACGUCGUCAUUUUGCGCCAUCACGGCAAAACCAUGAACAUAAACAUCACCCGCGGCUGUGUGGACUUCCCAUCGUCUCCCGCAGUCACAGAAACGUUAUGGUCGUCUUGCACAAUUUUGGCAAUAGUAUAAUUUUCAAAUUGUGCGGGUAUCGGAAUUGACAAUUGACUCUCAAAACCGAUACCAAUGUCCAAGUACAGGUGGCAUAAAGAAUUGGUAUCGAGAAUCAACAUGUCCCUACUUUUAAUUUUUUAAUCAGUUGGGUCUGUAAAAACAGAAACUCAUAAUUAAAUUGUUAUGAAAUGGAUUUGUGUGUAUUAAAGUACUUUGCCGUCUUAAAAUGUACCCCAAACCAUACUUAAACAAAAUAUUAAAUUUAGGGUAAAUGAUGUCUUGUGAUAUAAUUGUGAUUAGUUAUGUCUUACGGCAUUACAAAUUAGUGAUUAGUUACGUCUUUAAAUGUAAAGCUAGAACUAUAUUUGACAACCAUUGAACAAAUCUAAACUACAAUGCACAUAUACGUGUGGUAUAUGUUUAGUGCAAGAUAGCAUAAUAUAGCCACAUUGAUGUGAAGAAUGUACAUUUUAAAAGUAGGUUUUUACCUGUUUUUUCAAUAUUUUUUUUUCAAUAUGGCAUUCUUACCUAUAAUGCUUCCUAUCAUUGUCUGUGUUUUUAGUCUUCCUCUAUUACUUUUUUUUUAACUCCACAUUGGGUUAUUGUAUAAGUUAUCUCCUUUAUAUCUUCCAGUUGUCUAAAGCAGUUGUGGUGAUAAAUAACCACAAUGUUCUAAUGUUCUUAAAUAUUAAAUAACAUGAAUACAAUAAAAGAUUGGUGUGUUCUCAGACUUGGCGGGAGGGGGACGGGUUCGGUCCAUGGCAUACCCACAAACAUUUGAGGGGCUCAGAGCGCUUUCCGUUACAGCAUUUGCAGUUCAUUGUAGCCUAAUUCAAAAUGUAAACAUAACAAAGUUUGUGCAAUUGAGGAAGGAAGAAAAUCCCAAAAGUAUUCAACUAAUCUAUUUAGAAACAUGUUACUUGGAUGGGAAAGAGUCCAGUCAGGCUUGAGAAACGCAAAAGGUUACAUUUUUUUGUGUACAAAAACAUAAGUUUCCUGUUACAUGUUUGUAUUUCUCAUGCCAUAUUGGAGUCAUUCUCAUUCAGGUAAGCUGGUAUUCUCAGAAAAAAUUAUAAAAUCCUAGGCUCUUGUGCUCUUUUUAGCGAAUUUCCCAUAUAGGGAAUAAGCUAUUACCGUAGUACUCAUGGUAAGACCUGGACCCGGGACCGAUUUAUUUUUUCGUUUUGAGGUCCCUAAAGGCCAAAAACACCAUCCGUUCAAAUUCAUAUAUAUAUAUAUAU